AUGGGUAGCGUAGAUUGCGUCAUUGGGGUUCCACCUUUAUUUGAAGUUUUGAAAUCAAUAUUUGAAGAACUGCAGCUGGACUGGACCACAAACCUUGUAGGGCAGGCAUAUGAUGGCGCAUCAAACAUGCGUGGGCCUUAUCUCGGUCUUCAAGCUCUUGUACGUGCAGAGGCCCAGAGUGCUGUCUACGACUCGUGUUGGGCGCAUCGUCUCAGCUUGGCAGUGAAAGAAGCCGCCGGAUGUUGUCUGGAUGCAGGGAACCUGUUUGUCAAAUUAAAGACAGUUUACAAUGUGAUUAAUGGCAGUAAAAACAAUGUGGACACUUAUGAAGAGAUUUUUAAGAAAACUUACCCAGGUAAACAAAUUCUUCGCUUAAAGCGAGUUGACACAACUCGAUGGAUGUCACACAGCUUUGCUUUGUCAACCGUUCUCCGUGCCUUCGAAGCGAUUGUGGAGACUCUGGAACACAUCAAGACGAGUGAAACUUCAUCAAACGACAAUAAGCUCAAUGCUAGUGCCCUUUUAGAGUAUUUCAUGUCAGAAAAGUUUUUACUUACAGCACUUACCUUCGAAUCCAUUUUCCAUGAAGUAGAGCCAUUGAGUACUUGCGUUGAUGUCGACCUCAUGGUUGCAGUUAAUCACGUUGAGAUCGUGCUGAACGCUCUCCGAUCCCUUCGCAAUGAAGAAUCUUUUGCUGUCCUUUUGAGACGCAAGGAUGAGUUCAUCGCUUCAAGUGCCUUUGUUAAAGAGGCCUUCACAGCACUUCCAAUCCCAACUGUUACUCAUAGAACUCGGAGGAAGAGAAGACAGGACGGUGAACGUGCUGAUGAACCUAUACUCGAUCCUGCAGUAAAAUUUAGAGUAGAAACUUUCUAUUCAUCACUUGAUAGUAUCAUAACAUUAAUUUCCGAGCGCUUUAAUGACAGGUCGUCAUCGGGAUCAACAUCAGGAUCUUCUCCACGUCCAGGGGCUCCAGGAACUGGUGGCAAGGGUGGAAAAGGCCCUGCUACGUUGUAUUCCUGA